CUCCUGGACUUAAAAUGGCCUGGAGACCUAAAACAUGUGGAAAAUGUCCUCUCACCACCAUCACCAUUUGGGGGCAAUUUCUAUUUAGUUUUUGAUGUUGGGGGCAUGGUGAGGGUUCAGCCCUCCAAGAUCUCCUAGGAAGGCUAUUACACUCAGCCUCCCCCAGUUGCCCAUCUCUGGUCUAUGGCUCAGGUGAGGAUUGUACAAUAUUCCACAGGUAGUUGAACCUUAAUGUCCAGGAGGUCUCACCAUUGGGUAUGUUGGGUAGGGCUAAUGGGAGUUGCAGUCCAGCAAUAUCAAGCCAUUUGCUCCUUUUGCAAAGGGACUAAGGCUUUCCUGGCUGAAUUAAAUCUGACUCCAUUGUCCUGCUAGACAUGAAAGAUGGACACACUUCUCUUCCAGGCUUUCUGCAUUCAUCUUGCAAGGCUUCCAGUGCAACGCAGUCAGCAAACUGUCGGCUGGGCAGCUCUCCUCCCUGGUGCAAGAAAUGAAAAUUAAAAAUGCUAACCUGAGUGAAGGACAGCUCUCCUGCAUGGCCAAGCUCCUUGCUAGAAACAACCUGACAGCAAACGUCUCCAGUUACCCACCCGAUGUGCUUCUUUUCUUCCCCCUUGAUGAAGUAGACAGUGCAAACUGCAAAGUGUUUUACACUCUGGCUUCCCAAGGAGACCUCAGCUUGUUGGCUAAUGGAUCAACACAGAGGACCAAACUUUUGGAGAACGCAUUGAGUUGCUUUGGAGUGGAAGACACCUCGCUCAGCAAGGAGCAGCUGCAACAACUCGGAGGGUUUGUGUGCGACAUGGAGGCAGCCACCAUCCAAGACUCUGACCCUGGGAUUCUGGAGAACCUGAAACUGUGUCCUGAUCUCACAGCUUCCCAGAAAGCUGCCUUCAAUGUGCUCCUGAGCAGCGGGAAGACUUCGUAUGGGGCUCCUGCAUCCUGGAAUGAUGGAAGUCUUGAAGACCUUGGGCCCUUGGCUUUCUACAUAAACCGCACUAUCUGGGAUCCCAUUAACAAGAGAGAGUCAUCUUCUUCAGGAAUGUGGCCGAUACCUUUGACAGUCAAAGUCCUGAGCAGAAGACAAAAACAAUGCUCUUCUUGAAAGCAAUUGCUCCAAAACCUGCUUCACCUCCCAGGUCUAAACGGGCAACAGAAGAUUGCAAGUCUGAUCCUAUCACAGCCAGCACCUUGGAAGACCCACUUUUCAUAAUCCAAUAUGACAGUGCCCAGCAGUUUGA